AUGGCUGCGCCAGGGACGAAGCGCCGGUCUACUAGGCAGGCGGCGAGUCGCAAGCGCUCCAUCUAUGUCGACCCCGAGACGGAUGACGAGUUCGAGGCUGAGAGUGAAGAAGAAUUUCGGCCUGUGGAGCCUCCCGCGCCUCCUCCCAAAAAGCGCAAGGUAGCCAGAACGACGAGACACAAGCCGCAGACACGGAGCGACGCAGCAAAGAGCAAGCAGACCGUCAAGUCGAUGUUCAGGGUGGGAAAGCCCCGCAAGCCCAAUAGCAAGACAACAACGGAGAAGAGACAGGACUUCUCAGGACCAACUGACAACCUCAUACCUCAAUGGACGUCGCUGCCGGUCAACAUCCUCAGAGAUGUCUUCGUAUUUGCAUCCCAGCCGAUUCACGAACAGACCACGGAAGCUAGCGCCAACGUCGCCUGGUUGCUUCGAGCAGCGCGCACGUGUAGAGCAUUUGCGCUGCCCGCUCUUGAGGCUUACUACCAGUCUCCGUCCAUGCUGUCCAAUCUGCAGCCGCAUCAUUUCCUCGAUCUCUUGUGCAUGCCGAGCAACAAACGAUACAUCGAUUACAACGUCAAAGUACAGAGCCUGUACAUCGAUGUAGCACGACUCGCUUAUGUGGCGCACAACAGACCUCCGUUCGAUCUUCGCGCCCUGGUAGCGAAACUUCCACAGUUGCAGCAUAUGGAGAUCAUACAUCCGAAAGACAAGCCACCAUAUCGACCCAUGAAAAUUCAGCGUUGGGUGUUCCAGCCUCGGCAACUCGUCGACACUUUGGACACGCAUCGUAUACGGCUGCGAAGUUGGCGAUGGACUCGAGAGAUGAUACAUCUGCCGUCAAACGAUGUCGUUGAUCUGUAUGGAAUGAUGGCUACUGUUCAUCAGAGCAAUGUUUUUAGCCGGUUAGAACGCUUGGUAGUGUGUGGAUUCAACUACGAGGACAGUUCCGAGCCUGUUGCGGAACUCAAUCCACAAUUGCCCGAGACAGAACCUCCGCCCGGCCUAGCGACCUCGAUAUCCAAGCUCUCGUCGCUCAAGGAUUUGACCUUCAUGACUUGCGACAUCGUCAUGGACAAAUUCUUACAGCGUCUGCCCACAAACCUUCGGCGCCUCGAGCUGAGCAAUUGUUUGGAGAUCACAAGCGACAUGAUGAGGGAAUACUUCAAGACUUCUGGUGCUGAAUUGCGCGAGCUUGUGCUCAAUCACAACGCUGCCCUCAGUCUCAGUUUUCUUACUGGACUCAAGGAGCUGUGCCCGCGCCUAGAGGCAUUGAAAGUGGACAUGCAUUAUUACAGCGAGCGCUUCACAAUCAACGAUGCAGAGCCUCUUUAUAAUGAGCUCCUGACUGUAGAUGAGACUCCAUCUUGGCCUCCUCAUCUGCGACGUCUUGAGUUGGUGCACGCUUCGAAAUGGUCGCCCGAGGCAGCUCAGAAUCUCUUCCGCUCGCUCAUCGACAGCGCGCCUCAGAUGCAGGACCUGCGUCAUUUGGUGGUUCAUGCCCAUAUCAACAUUCCCUGGCGUGACCGGGUAGGAUUCCGAGAUCAGUGGAUCGAGCGACUUCGCCGUGUCUACCUUCGCCGCAUCGAAGAUCCUGCCCAGAACAUGGGAUCGCUGAGGCAGUAUCGACUGUGGAAGCAGGCACAUGGAAGUGGUACUGUUGCGUUAGAUGACGAAGACGAACUGGGAGACAAUUCGGAUGAGCAGACAGUCGCAAAGCGCCAACUCUCUCAUGUGCGAGUCUCACCGCACAAGCCGUCAGGUGAUACUGACGUCUUCUCUGAUUCGGACGAUGCACCUGUACCUAGACAACGACCGCGUCGCAGCAAGCGGGUAGCUGAGACUCAUGUCGUUCAGGUCUCCAAGUCAACAACACCGACCCCGGACUCCGAUUCUACCGAUGAGAACGAAGCUGAAGACUGGCGCAAACAACCAGAAAAGUUCAUUCAAGGUCUUUGCGAUGUGGUGGACGUUCGCAUCGACAACCAGCGUCCACGCGAGAACCAGUGGACAGAAGGCGACUUCCUCGACAGCGAAGUGAGUGGAGACGAAGAUUGGCAUUCCGGCGCAGAAUCAGAAGCGGAAGAGUCGUACGCAUGGUGA